UGCUGCAGAUGCUUGUACUUCUAAAGGAUCGGGAAGAACAUAUUUUGGAAAAUUUUUAGACUUUUGUUAUUUUUAUAAUUUUUUAUGCAGUAGGUUUUUUUGUAGAGUUUGUGAUUUUAUUCAUUGCUAACGCUGUCUUCGCACCGCAGUCACUGUGAUUGCUCGAUCAUUUUAUAACCAUAACACGGACCUGCGUUUUGUUUCCACGAUGCUCAUGUCAAUACUGCUGGCGGCAAAGUCCCUGCCGGAGCUGCUUCCUUUUACAGCCUUACUCGCCACUGCACCAACUUUUUUUGCUGCAUGGAUGCCAUUCCGCGUGCUCAGCAUCCUGCUUCCCUCGCGUGUAUACGGUCAGGUUGAUGAUUUCUCAUGGGGAUGCUAUCAGAAGCUUGUGUUGUUCUUCUUCGAGAAACUGUCCCCGGUUCAGGUGGUUUUCCACGGGGAUGUGGAGGAAAUUCUAAACAAAAAAGAAUGUGCGCUCUACAUUUCAAACCACCAGUCAACAGUGGACUGGAUUGUUGCGGACAUGUUAGCCGUGCGACAGGGAAGUUUAGGACAUAUGCGGUAUAUUUUAAAGGAUGGUUUGCGCUUUCUUCCACUGUAUGGAUUCUAUUUUCAUCAGCAUAACUGCGUGUAUGUGCGGCGGAGUCGGAAAUUCAACAGCGAUAUCAUGAAGAAAAAUUUGGAAUCGAUUCCGAAAACCCGAAAAAACACUUGGCUAGUAAUCUUCCCCGAAGGGACACGCUUUAAGCCUGGCAGUUCCGAAAACGCAACUACUUCUCGAAGCCCCACCCAAGAAGAAGUGCCGUUGAAGAAUGUUCUCACUCCGAAGAUGAAAGCUUUCCAGUUGUCUGUUGAAAGUUUAAGGUCAUAUUUCAAUGCUGUUUAUGACGUUACAAUCAUGUAUUCGCAAACACGACAAGGGCAGGUCGGAAAUGGUGUCGCCCGUGUCCUGGCUCCGACAAUGAACGAUUACAUGCAUGGAUCGGACGAAAAAUUGCAUAUUGUCGUCAAGCGUUUUGAUAUAAAGGAGAUUCCUUUUGAUGAAACUGGAAUACAGAAAUGGCUGACUUCUGUGUUUCAGGAAAAAGACCGCCUCAUGACGACAUAUUUUGAGACUGGUGAAGUGUUGCCUGAAUCUAAAUCGAUUUCAUUACCAUGGUCGGAAGUCCUACCAGCUACUUUAUUUUUCGCCGGUUUGAAUGCAGUCUUGUGGUCUACAAAUAUUGGGAGGAAAAUAUACUUUACGUCCACGCUAGCUGGAGGGCUGUUCACGGUGGUGUACAUGGGAUUGAGGAAGGUCGCAUGAUUGAACGUUCCUCUGGGUGAAUUUACGGAUUUUAUGGUUUUACAUGCGUCUUUUUGUAAUUUUAUGGCAUAAAUUUGUGGGGUUUGGUUUUACUUCUUAUCGGUGUGCUUGGGGUGCACUUUGGGGUGUCUGUUGAGUUAAGCUUUUUCUUUGGUCCGAUGGGAGUGAUAUGUGCUGACGAACUAUAAUUACGCUUUGCCUGUGUGCUUCCGACAUGUGAAAUUAAGUUGAAUCAAAAGUUGGGUUUUAUAUAGCUCGUAUGCCUGUAGCACGCGGUAUUGCAUUAGUGGUUCCAAAAUAUUCUGCUGAUUCGGAAUUGUUAAGGUCGCAUUAUGUUAAAAUUGACCUAGGGUCGGCACUUUUGCCACAUCUGGCAACAGUCAUUGGUAAAUAAACACGGGACGUCGCAUGCGUGCAACAAGUGGUUCCGUGUGCUGUUUCGGUUUUGAGAUCCUUUCCCAAGAAGUAAAUAAUCCGCUAUUUUCUUCUUUGAGAAUUCAGUGAAUUAUCUUUCAUAAGUAGGUGAAAAAUAUUAAGUAAACUUAUGAAAACGUACCGAUAAGGUGCCAGUUCUGUAAUAUCGCGACAUUAUUGUGCAUUGUUUUAAUUUGAUGCAUGGUUUUGAUUUUCUUUACUUGACAAGCGUCUGGAACUAAUUGUGCAACUGCACAAACAAACGAAAAGCGGUAUCAAAAAUGGAGUUACAAUGCCUGCUCCGGAUUUCAUGGAUUCUAGUCGUCUUUGCCUGUGCCAGUGUUUCCGCUCAAAUAUCGCCGACAAACACUGGUUCUAUAAAUAACAGUGUGCGGUUGCCGGUAUUGCUGGAUAACCUACAACUACGUGGACUGAUACCGCGUGGAGAUCCAUGUCAGAGCAUUAAUUGCGGUCCUGGCAGAUACUGCACCCAAGUACCGAUGGGGUCAUCCACGGUCCAAACAUACCAGUGUCGAUUACUCCCGGCACAACCGUUAGCCGCUCUGCCUGCCGUUCCCAAAUGUUUUGACACUUUCACAAUCAAAGUACCGGCCACGGCCCUGCAGAGCCAACAGUUCGCUGCAGCACGCGGUUCGUCAAGACAAGGUCAAGUACAAAACUCCGUUCCUUGCCGCAGUGACUGUGUGGAUAACUCUUCCUGCACGAAAUACGGUCCAGGAUAUUCAUGUUGCCUGCGCGGAUGCGAUCGAGUCUGUUAUCUUCCGCGAACGACUUCCAUCGAUUACACCAAUUACUGAACAAAGUGCAAAAGCAAAAUUCUUUUUUUAAUUUUGCAAAGAUACUGGUCAUUACGUUGAGCUGCACAAAUUGAACUGGUUAGGUGUGAAUUGGUGUUGAAUAGGCUCGAGAAUUUUUUGCUGUACGUUGGUUUCUGGCACCUUGGUUUGCGGCACAUGCCGUUUAUUGAUUUAUCAUGUUAUGGAACAAUUCUGUUGUAUUCUGUUUAUUAUAACGGUGAUUGU